UCCUCCGCUCUCCUUCGCAGCUCUCUGAGAAUGUCAUCAACCGCAUGAGGGAACCGGAGGCUCCUCCUAAACUUCCUCCCACUCCCACGCCACCUUCCAGGGCGCCUACCCUCACUCCUUCUCCUCUCCUACGGCCAGUGCCUCCCCUCUUUGACCCGAUCACCUCCCUGCCUCCUCCCCCUCCUAUUUUAGAACCUGUUGCACCUCCAGCUCCUCCUCCUCCACCAGCUCCAUCUGUCACAGAGACUGUGGCAACACCUCCACCACCUCCUCCUCAACCUCCCACAGAACAGGUAGCAGCACCCACCAUUAUUGACAUGGUGCUUCCAUCCUCAGCACCUGCAGCUGCCGCUAAUGCUGUUGCUGCUCCUGCAUUUGAGCCUGUGUUGGUACCUCCUCCUCCUCCUCCUGCUCCUACUCCUGCUGCUGCUGCUGAGCCGGUAAUUUUGCCUACCCCUGUCCCCCCUACUCCUCCUCCUGCUCCCAUUAUUCCCCUGAUCCCUGCUCCAGCUGUGUUGGAAGUGAUCCCGCCGCUUGCUCCUCCUGCCGCUGUUAUCGAAUCAUCUCCUCCUCCCAUAAAUCAAUCCAUUGCUCCUUCUCCUCCAGUAAUUGAAUCCAUUGCUCCUCCACUUGUGAUUGAACCCACUGCUGCUUCAUCUAUACAUGAACCCAUACCACCUCCUCCUCCUGUCAAGAUCGAACCCAUCAUUGCUCCUCCUCUUCCUGAAUCGGAACCCCUUUCUUCCCCUCCUGUUUUUGAGCCUGUCGGCAUCCUGCCAUCAGCUCCACAUCCUUUAGAGGACACUUUGUCCCCACAGCUUGCUGAGCCAUUUGCUGCACCUCCCCUGCCUGAGUUUACUGCUCCUUGUGAACCAGUUGCACCUCCUCCUCAGCCCCCAGUAGAGCCAGCACCCCCUGCUCCUGUCCCCAAGCCAGUGGCGGUGCCUGAGCCGAGUUCAGCCCCACCAACUCCUGCUGCGCCGGCUGUUGAUGAAGAGGCCCUGAAGAAGAAGAUCACUGACGAGCUAUAUAAAGGCUUGGAGAGGGACAGGACCAAGGCAGAGCAAGAGCUGCAAGCCUGGCUGGAGGCAGAGAAGGCCCGGUCAGCAGCAAAGGCUCAUGCUGAGGCCCAGUCCCAGGUCCAGGAGGAAGUGUCCAGGAUCCUGUCUGUGGAGCGGGCUGUGGCUCAGGAGAGCCUACAGGAGGCCAUUAUAAGAGAGAGGAUUGCCACCGAGGAUGAGAGACUUCGCGCUCAACUCUUUGAGAUAGGACGGAAGGCCAAGCAGCUGGAGGCCAGAGAAGCAGACCUAAGGAAACAGGAUGCUUUCUACAGAGAGCAGGUGGCCCGGCUGGAGGAAAGGAGUGCUCAGUUCUACAAGGUCACCACAGAGAACUACCAUAAAGCUGCAGACCAAGUGAAUGCCAAGUACAAGCGGUAUGAGAUGUAUCCCUUGUGCGCCGACCUGCAGGGCCAGAUCCUGGCAUGCUACAAAGAGAACGUCGGAAAAACCCUGAACUGCUCCAACAUAGCAGCCCUUUACCUCCAGUGUGUCAACAACGCCAAACAGAGCAAGUUGAGGCCCGGGGGUUAAGGACGAGAGAGAAAGAGAAAGAGGGAGCAAUGAAGAGUUUAUGGUGUGGGAUUACUUAUUAUCGACCGACUGACAGACAGACCAAAACCGGAGCGGAGGAAGUGAGGAAUGAGUCAGCACCAAGACACAUACACUCAAAACCCUGUGGUGAACCAAACCGAACCAGACUACAGGCACCGAACACAGCACCCUGAGAGAGAAAUAGACACCCUUCCCCUUAGAUCCUUACCUCUUUCCCCACCUCUCUUACCUUUCGUCUAUCUCUCCCGUGAGUAUGUAGGGAGUGACACUGUGCCAUUUUGGAGCGACAGCACGGGGCCGACGGGACCCACCAGGCCUGAGCUUGGCCCGCUAGUAGGCCAGUAAAAAUGUACCGGUACAACCACGAGAAAGCAAGUUACCUCUGUCACAGGCCGCUUGGACCCAACCCCCCUCAGUGCAGCACUGUUAGUAAAAAAUAAAAGUCUAUUUUUAUGAAUAAAAGUCAGUCCUAUUUUGUUGUCCAUAAAUCACUGCUCCUAAUGCACAAUCCUGUACACAAAAAAAACACAUGUACACAUCUGUUUCUUCUUUGCAUCCGUUUGUGUGAAUUUGUGUUAUGUUAAUAAUGUAACGAUGUGCGUGUCGAGUGUUCAUCCUGACCAACACUUGUAACAAUGUCUGAUCACAGGAAAUAAAAGACGAUGCAGGAAC